CCGGGCGCGCGCCGCGCAAUUUCCGGUGGGUCCGCGCUUCCUGGCCAGGCCGCUCGCGUGCCCUUUGCGACCUGCGCAGACCUUCGGGAGCUCCGUUCGGGUGCAGGCCUGGUGUAGUCUCUCCUGUCUGGACAGCGUGAGAAGAGAACAAUGCAGAAGGACACCGGCCCUCUAGUGCCUUUGCAUUGGUUUGGCUUUGGCUAUGCAGCACUGGUUGCUUCUGGUGGGAUCGUUGGCUAUGCAAAAGCAGGUAGUGUGCCGUCCCUGGCCGCCGGGCUCCUCUUCGGGGGUUUAGCAGGCCUGGGUGCUUAUCAGCUGUCUCAGGAUCCAAGGAACAUUUGGGUUUUCCUAGGUACGUCUGCUGUCGCCUUAGGGCAGAUAAGUAUCCAGCAUACUCUUUAUCAGAAGGCCCUGGUUUGGUGGGAUGUGUCAGGUUCUUCAUACUUAAUGACAUGUGCCGUCCCUGGCCGCCGGGCUCCUCUUCGGGGGUUUAGCAGGCCUGGGUGCUUAUCAGCUGUCUCAGGAUCCAAGGAACAUUUGGGUUUUCCUAGCUACGUCUGGGACCUUGGCUGGCAUUAUGGGAAUGAGAUUUUACCACUCUGGAAAAUUUAUGCCUGCAGGUUUAAUUGCAGGUGCCAGUUUGCUGAUGGUUGCCAAAGUUGGAAUUAGUAUGUUGAACAGACCUCAUCAGUAGUAGUCAUGUCCUACCUUGGACUCAAGAAGAAUUGAAAAUCACUAAACUUCCACUCUUUUCAGUAUAUUAAGAGAAAAAAUGCAGCAUUUCUACAUACUGUGUGACAUUCUACUUAAAAAAAAAAAAAGAAGACACUGAACUUGGUGGGGAGAAAAAAAUUCAGUCAUUACCAUUACAGCCCUACAGAAGUGGCAAAUAUAUAACAGAGGAACUUAAUAAUACACUCAUAUGGUUUGAUUCUUACAUAUUGAUGUUACAUCUUCUUUCUGUAUCCAAAAGUAAAAUCUCAAGGGGUAAAAUCUUAGGUGUCAACAAUGGGGGCCCUGAAACCUCAUACCCUGCUCAGAGGAACAGUAUGAAGAAAAUCUCUUAUGAGAUUUAGGAUAUCUGUUCUUUCGCUCAUCUGAGAGCACAGACCUACUUUGAAAUUAUGUUAAAUGAAAUAUGAAUGAAAUAAAGUUUACUAUAAAUAUU